AUGGACAGAGGGGUCUACCCCGACGGGUACGAAGACACGGAUGGCGAAGCGCCUGAACCAGGGAAUGUUGAUGCGAUUCGGGAAGUUCUUGCUGAGAGCCGAUCUUCUCUCUCCCCGUCAAAAUUCUCUGAAGACAGAUUUAAACAAUUCAAGAGAGACAAUAGGAGGGCGAUUUCAGAGGGCGAUGCGAUGGCUGAGGUAAUACCAACUAUCACUGGCCUGAAGGACAAGCAGUUUUACAGCGCUGGCACCAUGCCCUUCUAUAGAUUGGCAAAACUAGAUCCUGAACUAUCGGCGCCCAAUCCGGACAAAUACUAUGGAGCAAGGCCAAAACAGAUACACGAGCGCGUUCGCGACGACCUAGACCAGUACAUCAUUCCGUCCAACGCCACCAGCCGCCCAGCCGCGCCAAAUUUCUUCCUAGAGGGUAAGGGCGCGUCAGGAAAACCAGAUGUAGCGCACAGACAGGCGAUGUACGACGGCUGGGCUGGCGCCCGAGGAAUGUUCAAGCUCCAGAACUAUGGCAACUCCACACCCGUUUACGACGGCAAUGCGUACACAGUGGCAGCAACGUACAGCGACGGUCAGCUAAAAUUGUUUGCGACCCAUCCGAGGGAGUCCUCGAGUAGCGAGGCGGACUACUAUAUGACUCAACUACGGGCUUAUGCGGUGACAGACACCGCGGAUAGCUUCCGUAAUGGAGCUGCGGCAUACCGCAAUGCUAGGGAGUGGACACAACAACAGCGCGAUUGCUUCAUUACCAAUGCAAACACUACUGCCUUGAAGACGUCUACUGAAGUAGCAUCAAUCAGCCAGACAGAGAGUCGCACAGAAGGCCCAUCUACCAGUGCGGAAGGAUCUUUCAGCUCCGACACGUCGGCGGACGAGCUGGCCUUGGAUUCACAAAGUUCCGCUAAACGACGACGAGGUACACCCGCGCAACAGACUUAUCAGAAUACUCUUUGA